CAGUCUGUGGGUCUGGACUUCGGAACAGACUGUCUCUUUCACAACCCUCCCCUUUAUGAAUCGCCUCAGCUUUGCUGGUUCCCUCCCCCUUUAGAGCGACAGCUGACGCAUGCGUGUAACCAUUGCAUGAUUCACAGAUAACACUAGUUUCAGCUUUCAGGAAGUGAAACUCAGACACUCGCUGCCACUGAGAGGAGAAAUGGCGCAGAAAGGAGUUCAGCUGGACCGGGAAACCUUCUCUUGUUCGAUCUGUCUGGAUAUACUGAAGGAUCCGGUGACUACUUCCUGUGGACACAACUACUGCAUGGACUGCAUUAAACCCCACUGGGACAAAGAGGAAGAGGAGGAAGUCUACAGCUGCCCUCAGUGUAGACAGAGCUUCACACUGAGGCCUGUCCUGCUGAAAAACACCAUGUUAGCAGCUUUAGUGGAGGAGCUGAAGAAGACUGGAACCCCAGCUACUCCUGCUGAUCACUGCUAUGCUGGACCUGAAGAUGUGGCCUGUGAUGUCUGCACUGGGAGAAAACUGAGAGCCAGUAAGUCCUGUCUCGUGUGUCUGAUCUCUUACUGUGAGCAACACCUCCAGCCUCAUUAUGAAUCUCCUGCCUUUGAGAAACACAAGCUGGUGGAGCCCUCCAAGAAGCUCCAGGAGAACAUCUGCUCUCGUCACGACGAGGUGAUGAAGCUGUUCUGCCGCACUGAUCAGCAGUGUAUCUGUUCUCUCUGCUCUGUGGAGGAACAUAAAGGCCAUGAAACAGUGUCAGCUGCAGCAGAGAGGACUGAGAGGCAGAGAGAGCUCAAGGGGAGUCGACAAAACUUCCAGCAGAGGAUCCACAGCAGCAGGAAAGUUAUGAAGCAGCUGCAGCAGGAGGUGGAUGGUAUCAACUGCUCUGCUAAUAAAGCAGUGAAGGACAGCGAGAAGAUCUUCACUGAGCUGAUCCACUUCAUCCAGAAAAAAAGCUCUGAUGUGAAGCAGCAGGUCAGAGCUCAGCAGGAAAUUGAAGUGAGUCGAGUCAGAGAGUUUCAGGAGAAGCUGGAGCAGGAGAUCUCUGAGCUGAAGAAGAAAGACGCUGAGCUGGGGUUGCUUCAAAAAACAGACGAUCCCACCAAGUUUCUACAAAAAUACUCCUCGCUUUCACCUCUCCGUGAGUCCUGGGAAUUACCCAGCCUCAAAAUCCGUCCUCUGCAGUACUUUGAGGACGUGACAACAGCUGUGUCAGAAGUCCGAGACAAACUACAGGAAGUUCUGAUGGAGAAGUGGCCAAAGAUUUUACGGACAGUCACUGAAGUGGAUGCUUUCCUGUCGCAACAACUGAGGACCAGAGAGGAGUUCUUACAGUACGCACGUCAAAUCACGCUGGAUCCAAACACGGCAAACCUCGGGUUAAUGUAUUUUUCUGAGAGGUACCGCAAAGUAACAACAAGCACCAUCGAAGCAUUGUUCUCGUUUCCGUCCCAUAAUAGAUUCAACGGUUUACAUCAGGUCCUGAGUAGAGAGAGUCUGACUGGACGUUGUUACUGGGAGGUUGAGUUUGAUGCACUAGAUUGCACAGUGGCUGUAGCGUACAAGGAUAUGAAAAGAUGUGAUGCCUCCAGAGACUGUGCGUUUGGAUUCAACGAGAAGUCUUGGGCGUUAUAUUGUCAGAUAUAUAGAUAUGAAUUCAGACAUGACGAUGUCCAUACUCUAAUCCCGGGGAAGACGUCUUGCAAAGUGGGGGUGUUCCUUGAUCAUAAGGCUGGUGUUCUGUCAUUCUACGACGUGGGGGAAACCAUGAAGUUCAUCCACAGGGUGCAGACCACUUUCACCCAGCCGCUCUACGCUGGUCUGGCUCUUCACUUUUCCAGCGGAGACAACGCCACGCUGUGUGAGCUGAAGUAAGCAGGACGGUAGUUAAAUGGAAAAUAAAGGAGGACAUAUUCUGCUGAUCAGUAUGUAGAGUCUCUACUUUAAAGAGUCCUCUCCUGCUGAUGUUCAGGUGUAUAUCAGUAUGUAGAGUCUCUACUUUAAAGAGUCCUCUCCUGCUGAUCUUCAGGUGUAUAUCAGUAUGUAGAGUCUCUACUUUAAAGAGUCCUCUCCUGCUGAUGUUCAGGUGUAUAUCAGUAUGUAGUGUCUCUACUUUAAAGAGUCCUCUCCUGCUGAUGUUCAGGUGUAUAUCAGUAUGUAGUGUCUCUACUUUAAAGAGUCCUCUCCUGCUGAUGUUCAGGUGUAAAUCAGUAUGUAGUGUCUCUACUUUAAAGAGUCCUCUCCCGCUGAUGUUCAGGUGUAUAUCAGUAUGUAGUGUCUCUACUUUAAAGAGUCCUCUCCUGCUGAUGUUCAGGUGUAUAUCAGUAUGUAGUGUCUCUACUUUAAAGAGUCCUCUCCUGCUGAUGUUCAGGUGUAUAUCAGUAUGUAGUGUCUCUACUUUAAAGAGUCCUCUCCUGCUGAUGUUCAGGUGUAUGUCAGUAUGUAGUGUCUCUACUUUAAAGAGUCCUCUCCUGCUGAUGUUCAGGUGUAUAUCAGUAUGUAGUGUCUCUACUUUAAAGAGUCCUCUCCUGCUGAUGUUCAGGUGUAUGUCAGUAUGUAGUGUCUCUACUUUAAAGAGUCCUGUCCUGCUGAUGUUCAGAUGUAUGUCAGUAUGUAGUGUCUCUUUAUUUUUCUCAUACUGCCUGUGCUGCAGCACCUCUUUUCACCCUCUGUCUGAAACCAGAGCCCAGUUUGCUCUGAUUGGUUAGCUGGUCAGCUCUGUUGUGAUUGGUCAACCUCUUAGAGAUGUCCCGCCCCUUAGCUUAUACCAUAGAAUGUGAGUGAGUGUUCCAUAGGGAUGCGAGUAAACAAAGGAGUGUGUGGGAGAGAAAACUCACUCUGGAAGGAACACAGGGAUUUUAGCCUUUGCAGACCAUUUACGUGCACUAAAACCAAUAGGGGGAAGACAUACGAGGGAAGGGAAACCCCCAAAAAGCAUAAUAGGGCCUCUUUAGUAUUAUUGAAAUAUCCUUUAUUUAACGGAGGGGGCAUUUACAGAUCAUGCAUCAAAGGGAGAGUAAACUAACAAAUUGAAUAAAGAGGCAAACAUUUAUAACAUUAAACACAUUAAAUGGGAAUACUUGGUUUAUAUUAUGGUACACAUUGUUUUGUGGCAAUGGGGUGUAAUUGUUUCUGAUUUUCCUUACAAUCUGGUUGAGUAUUUAUUAUUUUUGAAGAGUUCUUGAUUGGAUUUUUAUCUCCGUUGUGACAUUGUGUUUUUAAUAUUUGUGAUUCUGUAAUUGUCAGCCAUACUGUGCUAACCGUUCUCCUCAUUGAAGAGACAUUUGAUGUUUGUUCAAUUAACAGUGCAUAUAAUCUGAAAUGAUCCAAGUGGACAUCUUAUGUUAUAGUUGUUGUGUUUGUAUAAAAUAGUACUGCUGAGAUGUUGCUUCACACGUUUGAGUCUGGAAAAUUAAAAUGUGAAUACAGUGAUUGUGUAAUGUAUUGCUUUAUUAAUCAAUAAAGAAGAAGAGGGAUUGAUCUAUUGUGUGGUUGUAGUAAACAUGUGGUCAGAAAUGUAUAUAAAUAAAAUGAUAAACAAG